UUUUAAAAAAAAAAACACAUACACACACACGCAGCAGAAGCAGACCAGGAAUCACCCGUUUCUCGAUAAGCAAUAAUUGCUGCCCUUCUCUUUUCCUCGUCACUGCUACAGAGGCCGGGUCUAAUCGCGACGAGGUGACGAAUCUGAGAUCGAAAGUCGUCUCCUCUUGUUGCGGGGUCAGAUCCGUAGGGCUCGUGGCUUGACAAGAACAGUGCCUUCCGAGGGAAUAAGCAGAUCCCAAUGCGUUAGGGGAAUGAUUGCGUAGCGAUCUUGGGCAUCUGUUGCUGUCGGGAAUUCUUGCGAGGAGAAGGGCCUCUGAGGCUGCGUCGUGCUGGGGAGUUGAUGAAUUGCGCCUGCUCGGGGGAAGAGUGAGUGGGAUCCGACGAUGGGUCUGAGCAAGAAUGGCUUCUUUCUUUGAAUUCGCUUCGAAGAUCACAUAAAAAGCAAAUGGCAACACCAGUUGAGCCGCCAAAUGGGGUUCAUUCCGAGGGAAAGCACUAUUACUCGAUGUGGCAGACCUUGUUUGAGAUUGACACAAAGUACGUGCCCAUCAAGCCCAUUGGCCGGGGAGCCUAUGGCAUUGUUUGCUCUUCUGUGAACAGAGAAACCAAUGAGAAGGUGGCUAUAAAGAAGAUUCACAAUGCCUUCGAGAAUCGGGUUGAUGCGCUGAGAACUUUGCGCGAGAUAAAGCUUCUCAGGCAUCUUCGGCAUGAGAAUGUCAUUGGUCUGAAAGACGUCAUGAUGCCUAUCCAGAGGAAAAGUUUCAAAGAUGUCUAUCUGGUGUAUGAGCUUAUGGACACAGAUCUGCACCAGAUUAUCAAAUCCUCUCAGACACUUACGAAUGACCACUGCCAAUAUUUCCUCUUCCAGUUGCUACGAGGCUUGAAGUAUCUACAUUCAGCGAACAUUCUCCACCGAGACUUGAAGCCAGGGAACCUUCUCAUCAAUGCAAACUGUGACCUCAAGAUCUGCGAUUUUGGGUUGGCACGAGCUAGCAAUGGAAAGGGACAGUUCAUGACUGAGUAUGUGGUCACUCGCUGGUACCGGGCCCCAGAACUCCUUCUGUGCUGUGACAACUACGGCACAUCCAUCGAUGUGUGGUCUGUCGGAUGCAUCUUUGCUGAGCUUCUCGGACGUAAGCCAUUAUUCCCUGGUACUGAGUGCCUCAACCAACUGAAACUGAUCAUCAAUGUCCUCGGCAGCCAAAGAGAGGAGGAUAUCGAAUUUAUCGACAACCCAAAGGCGAGAAAGUUCAUAAAGUCUCUCCCAAAUUCCCCAGGGACUCCAUUAUCCCGUCUUUACCCUAAUGCGCAUCCUCUGGCUAUUGAUCUCCUGCAAAAGAUGCUCAUUUUCGACCCAUCAAAGCGCAUUGGCGUCACUGAGGCUCUCCAACACCCAUACAUGUCACCGCUGUAUGAUCCGAAUACCAAUCCUCCUGCGCAGGUUCCCAUCGACUUAGAUGUCAAUGAAGAUCUGGAGGAAGAGAUGAUAAGGGAGAUGAUGUGGAAGGAAAUGCUCCAUUACCAUCCCGAAGUCGCUGUGGGCAAUUUAGAGGUGUACUCUUAAGCAUUCUUCAGUUGUUUUGUCUCGCCUCUCUGUGAUAAGGUACUCCAUCAUGAUGCUGCUGCACUUCAUUAUGAUGGUUCUGUAGUUUCUCUUAACAUAUAGGCUAGCUUUUCCUCUUUUUUUCAGAGAGGGGAUAAAAUAAUUUGCUGGAAUCAUGCCCAGGAAGUUCAAAAUGCAUGAUUGAGCAACCGUUAUCUUUCUUCUUCACUAUGUCUGGUUGAGAUCCAUGUACUAGGUUUCCUAUCUAACCUGUAAAUAGCCUUAUUGCUAUGAGACUUCAGACUUGUUGUACAAUUAUAUCAUAUGCUUGAGGAUGCUUUUAUAACAUCUGGUUUGGACGUAAUAAGAGUACUUCUAAAGCUGUAA